UCUUUCCUCACGCGAAGAUUGCCGAAGGAAAAAAAAACGAAGAAAUUUCCUAACCUCACAAAAGUCUCUAUAAAAAAAAACUGCAAAGAAAACUUUCUCGAUAGUUCACAUGUGAUCAGUUUUAGGGGAAAUUUUGCAAGAAAAACAAUGAGUAGCGCCCCAAAAGUGACGUCAAAGCCUCGCUUGACAAACUCAAGAGCAGAAUUUAGAGAAAUCAAAUCAAAACAAAAUGAGCUUCUCAAAAUUUUGGGGGAGCCCCAUGUGGAGUCGUUCAACUACAUGAUAGAUGAGGGCUUGAAUGAUUGUGUGAAGAAUCUCGAUCCAGUUGAAUUUGAAUUGCCCAACAGUGAUCGGGUAACGCUGAAGGUGGAUAGUUUUGCAAUUUCCAACCCCACGGUUCCAUUGAAUGUCACAGAUGUCCGCACGAGGAGGGUGUACCCCAUGGAAUGUCGACAGAGGAAUGCCUCAUACCGUGGGCAGUGCAACGUGAGGAUUUCUUGGUAUGUGAACGGGGUACCAAAGCCACCGAUUAAUAAGGAUGUUGGGGAAGUACCGAUAAUGCUCAUGUCGCGUCUCUGCAAUCUGGCCAAGAUGACUCCGCAGCAGCUUGUGCGUGCGGGGGAGCAUGAGAAUGAAUGGGGUGGAUACUUUGUCGUGAAGGGCAAUGAAAAACUCAUCCGGAUGCUGCUGCAGAUGCGGAAAAACUACCCAAUUGCCCUCAAGAGAGGCACCUGGCGCGAUCGUGGGCAUCUUUUUAGUGAUAUUGGUGUGAUUAUUCGAUCAGAGAUGCCUGAUCAUACGUCCACGAAUAACGUUCUGCAUUUCCUCAACAAUGGCACAGCUAAAUAUAUGAUUUCCAAUGGAAGAGCCCUCUCCUACCUGCCCGUAAUGAUGCUCCUCAAGGCUCUCCUACCCAUGACGGAUCUCUCAAUUUAUCAAACUUGCCUGCGUGGCUAUGAAGAUGAUUUGUACUACGCUGGAUGCCUGCAAACAAUGCUGAGGGAUCUUCACGAGGAAGGACUUCACACGCAGGAGGAAUGUCUGGCAUUUCUGGGACAAGUUUUCCGGCCAAAGCUCUACAAUAUUCUCUCGAGUACGUCCGACAAGGAAGUUGGGGAGUAUCUCCUGCAGAAGACCGUGCUAAUUCACCUGGAUGGUAACAGAGAUAAAUUCCACGUGAUUUGCUUGAUGAUUCAGAAGCUCUUCCAAGCUGCUCAGGGGAAGGUAAUUGCCGAAGGGGCAGACAGUACGAUGAUGCAUGAGAUUCUCCUGGGUGGGCAUUUGAUGCAGAAACUCCUCAAGGAUCGCUUGCAAAUGUACCUCGUGUCGCUGAAGUUUAACAUUCUCAAGAAGGCCCAGAGUACGAUGGGAUUCUCCCUGACACAGACAGAGAUGACAACAGCCCUCAAAUACUGUGGCACCUUUACGCGUGGCAUGGAGAAUUUCCUGGCCACGGGGAAUAUCAAUACGAGCAAUUCCCUCGGGCUGCAGCAGACUUCGGGGUUGGUUAUUAUGGCGGAGAAUAUCAACCGGAUGCGGUACAUGUCUCACUUCCGGGCAGUCCACAGGGGGGCCUAUUUUACGGAGAUGCGAACAACGGACGUCCGGAAACUCCUUCCGGAUGCAUGGGGAUUCAUUUGUCCUGUUCAUACACCCGAUGGUUCCCCAUGUGGUCUCCUCAAUCAUCUCACAAUGGGCUGCAAAGUCUCUCCAGCACCGAAACUCACGCACUUCCGGCGUGUUGAGGAGGAAUUGAUAAAGUUGGGAAUGUGUGCGAUUGAUUCCCUCCAGGGGGAUGCCAAAUGCAUGGUUAUUGUGAUGCUGGAAGGACGCUGCCUUGGGCAUAUUGCUGAAGAAAGCUUGCCCAGGAUUGUGGAUAAAUUGCGCCUCCUCAAGGUGGCUGGUGACGUAAUUCCCAAUACAUUGGAGAUUGUCAGCAUUCCCCGGAAAACGGGAGGACUUUUCCCCGGGUUAUUUCUCUUUCUCGGUGCUGCCCGAAUGAUGCGCCCUGUGAUUAAUCUUCUGGCCAAUAAAAUUGAGCUCGUGGGGACUUUUGAGCAAGUCUACAUGGAGAUUGCUGUGUGUCCGGAGGAGAUUUAUCCCGGGGUGACGACACACAUGGAAUUGGCAAAGACAUCCUUCCUCAGCAAUCUUGCCAAUCUCAUCCCCAUGCCGGAUUGCAAUCAAUCCCCGCGAAAUAUGUAUCAGUGUCAGAUGGGGAAGCAAACAAUGGGUACACCCUGCCAGAAUUAUUCCCUCCAAGCAGCUACGAAGCUCUACAGGCUGCAGACACCCACAACGCCCCUCUUCAGGCCCGUACAUCAUGAUCUCAUUGAGAUGGAUGACUUUGCAAUGGGAACAAAUGCCAUUGUGGCUGUAAUCUCGUACACAGGCUAUGACAUGGAGGACGCCAUGAUUAUCAAUAAGGCGGCAUAUGAGCGUGGUUUGGCGCACGGGAGUAUUCAGAAGAGUACCUUCAUUGCCCUCGAUGAGAAUGACUUCUUCUUCGCCCGUGAUCCGCACAAUCCGAAACUUCCGGAAUUCCUGGACACAGAUGGUUUCCCGCAUCCGGGAACGAAGCUCUCCUUCAAGUCACCCUUCUACUGCUAUUUUGACACAAAUCAAGCAGUCUACAAGACGAUGUACUACAAAGACAAGGAAGACUGCGUGGUGGCAAGUGUGAGGUUAUGUGGGGGCUUUGAGGGGAGCACGCCGAAGCAGGCAUGCAUCACAGUGAGGAUUCAGCGGAACCCCUCGGUGGGAGAUAAAUUCGCCAGCAGGGCUGGACAGAAGGGGAUUUGCUCGCAAAAAUGGCCGGAUGUGAAUCUCCCUUUCACCGAGAGUGGCCUCAUUCCGGACAUUGUCUUCAAUCCACACGGCUUCCCUUCCCGCAUGACAAUUGCUAUGAUGAUCGAGAUGAUGGCCGGGAAGAGUGGGGCUCUCCAUGGCCUUGUGCACGACGCUACACCUUUCCGGUUCACGGAGAAAGACACGGCGAUUGAUUACUUUGGGCGCCUCCUCGAGUCCGGAGGGUACAACUACUACGGCACUGAGCGCAUGUACAGCGGAACAGAUGGGCGUGAACUCAAAGCUGACAUUUUCUUCGGCGUUGUUCACUAUCAGCGCUUGAGGCACAUGGUGUCGGAUAAGUGGCAGGUACGCUCCACGGGGCCAGUUGAUCAGAUGACGCAUCAACCGGUGAAGGGAAGAAAACGCGGUGGAGGUGUUCGUUUUGGGGAGAUGGAACGUGAUAGUCUCAUUGCACACGGGGCAUCCUUCCUCCUGCACGAUCGACUCUUCCACAAUUCAGACAAAGUCUCCGUGAUCGUCUGCCGGGGCUGUGGCAGCCUCCUGGGGCCCAUAAUGAAGGUUGUGAGUCGCGACGAAGCGGGGGAUCUUCGUUCAGCUCCCGCAACGUGCCUCCUGUGCGGGGAUGGCGCCAAAAUUGGCCACAUUCAGGUGCCCUACAUCUUUAAAUUCCUCGUGACGCAACUCUGCUCCGUCAAUAUCAGCGUGAAGUUGGAUUUUGCAGAGAUUUAAUUUAUGGAAGCAGCUCCUCACAGCUUCUGCAGAAUCAAGGAAAAGCUUUGAAAUAGUUUUGCUAAAAAUUAUUUUUAAAAAUGAAAUAAAGUUAUUAAAUAAAAUCUGUAA